AUGAUUUCAUUUCCAGAAGAAUGCGAAUACACCGAUCCGGUGGCUGUGUGUCAUAGGUCUGAUUUGCAGGAAAAUGAGAUGAGGCAGGUGGAAAUCAAUGGGAGCACCAGUAUCCUUUUGGUCAAGCAAAAUGACAUCCUGCGGGCUGUUGGCGCCCAUUGUCCUCAUCGUGGAGCUCCACUGUCGAAAGGGGUCCUGUCCAGGAAUCGGGUGCGAUGUCCUUGGCACGGAGCUUGUUUCAAUCUGGAAACUGGUGAUAUUGAGAAUUUUCCAGGUCUGGAUUCUUUGCCCUGCCAUCAAGUUGAUGUUGAUUCCAGAGGACAGGUGUUAGUACGAAUAAAGCGAACUGAUUUAGGAAAGAAACAGGUGAUCAAGAAAAUGGAAAAGCGUAACUGGCAGGAUCAAAGAUGUUUUGUGGUGGUUGGAGGAGGUCCUUCAGGCGCCAUCUGUGUGGAAACCCUACGGCAGGAGGGCUUCACUGGUCGCCUGAUCCUUGUCUGUCGGGAAAAGCACCUGCCCUACGAUCGUGUAGAGAUCAUGAACUCCUUAAAUAAGGAUACAAAUCACUUUUGCCUUCGGGAUGAGAAGUUUUACAGGGACUAUGAUAUAGAGGUGUGUCUAGGAGUUUCUGCUGAAAAGCUGGAUACAUUUCGCAACAUCCUUCAUUGCAGCAAUGGCAAGAGGUUGCAGUAUGAUAAAAUCUAUAUAGCCACUGGCUAUUCAGCUAUAAGACCAGACAUACCCGGCGUGGAGUUGGAAAAUGUAAGAACCAUUCGAGACAUCGGCGAUGCCAGGAGAAUACUCAAAAUGGUGGGAAAAACCACCCAAGUGGUGUGUUUGGGUUCCAGUUUUAUGGCUGUGGAGGCUGCCGCCAAUCUGGUUUCCAAAGCGGGCAGCGUAACCCUGGUAGCCCGACAAAAUGUACCAUUUAAGACUACUUUGGGAGGUUUGAUAGGAAAGCGGAUACUGCAACUUCUAGAGGAGAAUAACGUAAAGCUGCACAUGAGCAGUGGCAUUACCCAGAUCCUGGGAAACCAUCGUGGUGAAGUGACUGCCGUGGAGCUAUUGGAUAAAUCUCGAAUACCAUGCGAUCUGCUUAUCCUUGGAACAGGAUGCCAAUGCAAUACGCACUUUCUGCAAGAUUCUGGUGUGAAAAUCAAUCCCAAUGGCUCCGUGGAUGUCAACGACUUUCUGCAGACAAAUGUACGCAAUGUUUAUGCGGGUGGUGAUAUAGCCAGUGCUUAUAUCCUAGGUGGGACCGCAGAUCGUGUAAAUAUAAGCCACUAUGGCUUGGCCCAAUACCACGGACGCAUUGCUGCGAUGAACAUGUGUGGUCACAUCGCAAAACUGGAAGCUGUACCCUUUUUCUAUACCGUGAUUUUUGGCAAGGCCUUUCGUUCCGCCGGCUUUGGUUCCUAUAAGGAUGUUAUCAUCGACGGAAGUCUCAAGGAUCUGCAGUUCGUGGCGUACUUUGUGGACGAUGGAGACAAGGUGACUUCGGUGGCCUCCUGUGGACGGGAUCCCAUUGUAGCGCAGUUUGCGGAACUGAUAUCACAGCAUAAAGACUUGUGUCGGUGUCAAAUCGCCAGUCUCAGGAGUAACUGA